AUGCACGUACGAUGGGGUGAAACACCACUUACAUUAGAUUUCAGUGACAUUGGAACUUUGAGAUUCUAUGCUAAAUUUGGUAGACCUGCGUGGAAGGAGUACGUUGACAGUGGCCGUGAGAACAAACUUCUGGCGGACGCCAGUUCUAAGAUUAGUGGGAGAAGCAAUGACGGGCUAUCAAAGCAUCAUAUCCUUCUUGUUGUAUACGCCGUGCCUUUGAAUUUCAGUUUUCGUACAAAGGGAAGAUUGGUAGAAUCACGAAUGGCCACAGUCCUAAGUGUGUCUGAUAAACUUGAUGAUCUCAAGGUGGGAUAUCCUAGUGAGCCUAUUCUGGUCAUGGCAGCCCAUAAAAUCUUGGAAGGCGAAAACGACCUUGAUCUUAUUUCACACCUGCUUAGCGACAAGGUCCUGUCUCCUGCGAAUGCUAGUGAAUUUAUCGCGAGAUGGAUGUUGCUGGAUGUUCUGAAAACUGCAGGUUUGCGCGAUGGCUUACAGAGCAAUUACUGUCGUGUUCGUGAUCUUUUCAAUGGCCUCAAUGAAAAGUAUCACGUCACCUGUAGCUCUGUCCAUCAAAAUGAACAUCAGUUACUUAGUGAGAGAAUACAUAUCAACCACUGGAUGACUCUUGACUCUGAGUGUACUAUACAGAUGUUGGCGCUCGGAUUCUUGAGAGGCUGUGGAUUUUGCUUUGAAAGAAGAGACAGAGAUUUCGAUCUCGUCAUCCCCAUAUAUUUGGAAAGCAGACAGAUUGACCUUACAAACAUCAGACUCUUUGAAGGGGACGAGGAUAGUCAAUGGGGAUUAGCAGAGUUAAGUUUAGUAUCUCAAGCAUUCAGUGUUCUUCUCAUUCACGUCAGUGAGAACGAAAAUUCACGUAGCGGUCAUUACGCCUCCAUUCACGAUAGGAUGGCCGAAGCAACGCAGCUGAUCUUUGGUCGAUACAAGCCAAUUAUUAGUUUGCAUAUGAAAUUGAGAGCAGGACCACCUACCAGUUUCGAUCAGAAACCCAGGUAUAAUGAGAAUUGGGCUAAUGUCUUCACAAAUCAAGAAGAUUGGGCUGAUAUCCAUAUGCAAGAAAGAGAGGCUGUGUUAGCUCAAGACUUUAAUCUUGCCUAUGACCUUCAUGUCACAGCCCACAACAAUUCAAACAGCGAAUUCAUUGAUAAAUUGCAGGAAGUGGUUCAUUUGGCUGUGGAAGGUAGCGGGGAUCCUUCAGAAAAGAUUACGUUGCAAAGGAAUGCGUCGACUGGUUAUCGUAAACAGACAGAGGUGAUUAGGGAAGCUCGUCAAAAGAGACAAGAGCAGCAGCACAAUCUAACAGAAGGCAAUGAAGGUCAGCGACAUCAUGAGGCCCAAGUAAUGGGGAUGUCCUCCAUUGUUAGUCGAUUACGCCCUCGGCCCGCAAACCAACUGUUGGAUAAGCCUAGCUCUGCGGUUAAUGCAGAGGAAUCAUUGGCACCCGACAAUUCAGAAAGUAAAGAACCGACAAACGGAGCGAAAACCCUUAAGCGAAGGGCAGCUCCUGUAAAUCGUCCUAGAAGACGUCGAGGAUCUGGUCCUAGAUAA